GAUAGCUAUAUACAGUCACUAAAACUAGAAACUGGCUUAUUAUGAACCGAUGUGCAUGGAUAUAAGGAAAAAAGAUUAUCUACACUUAUGGGAUUCGCUGUGGCAUUAACUUGUAAAUUAAGUUAUAUGAUCUUAUCAUGUUAAAAACGGAAAGACAUGUAAACUAUAUAUUGUAAAGUAAAUUUUAAAAAUGAAGACAACCUGUAUCCUUGAAGAUUUAAAGAUAAAAAUGAGAUUAUCAUUUAAUAGUAACAGCUAAAUUGGACUAAUGAGAUCAAGUAAUUUAUAAGUUUUUCCCCAAAAAAUCUACAAAUAUGGACACAUUGCAUUGACUGUAAAGUCAAAAUGGAAAUAUGGAAAAGGAAAGGAAAAUCCACCUAUGAAUUAUACACCAAACAUUUUCCGAGUUUAUAUAUGAACACAUAAUAACAAUAUCAAAGAAAAUAUUAAAAGAUUCUUACAAUAAGUCCCGCAAGAUAAAUCUAAUCCUUGUAAUAAAUCCGACCAUAUAUAUAAACUGAUAUCAUUUGUCUUUCUUUCUUCAUCUCUGAUCAGAUCCUAUUGGUCAGAAGAAGCUCGGGUUCCGGUCAUGACGCGGCGAUGCUCUCACUGCAAUCACUAUGGUCACAACUCUAGGACAUGUCCCAGUCGUGGGGUGAUGCUUUUUGGUGUAAGGCUCACCGGAGGUUCGAUCAGGAAAAGUGCUAGUAUGGGAAAUCUUCUUAGCCAUGGGCAUGGGUCGGGUUCUCCGGGUGAUGUCCCUGACCAUGUCGCUGGUGAUGGUUACACUUCUGAGGGUUUCGUCGCUGGCUCUUCCUCUAGCCGCGAGAGAAAGAAAGGAGCUAUAUGGACAGAGGAAGAACAUAGGAUGUACUUGUUAGGUUUAGAGAAGCUAGGCAAAGGUGAUUGGAGAGGCAUUUCAAGAAAAUAUGUGAGGACAAGGACACCAACACAGGUUGCUAGCCAUGCUCAGAAGCAUUUCAUGAGACUAUCUGAUGUGUCUCGUCGCAAAAGACGUUCUAGUCUCUUUGAUAUGAUUCCUCAUGAGGGAGGAGAUACUCCAUUGGAUUUGCAAGCACCAAAAGCAGAGAACACUCGUGUGGAAACAAAAAUGCAAAGGGGUGAUUCGGUUCACCAGACAUUUGCUUGUAAUUCCAUUCAUGCAACAAUCGAAGAAUCUGAAUUAAUGGACUCAACAAACUCUACCAUUAAGGAACCAACCCCAACCACACAAGUGCGUUCACAACCUCAACCGCAACGACCUGGCUCGUACCCGGUACUGUAUCCAGGCUACUUCUCACCAUAUUACCCAUUUCCAUUCCCAGUAUGGUCUGCGGGUUAUGUUCUUGAACCAGCCAAGAAAGAGGAAACUCACGAGAUUUUCAGACCGACUGCAGUGCACUCGAAAGCUCCCUUCAAUGUCAAUGGGCUUCUUGGUAUGACUACUAAGCUCAGCCUUGGAGAGCCAAAAGAGAAUGGUGAAUCCGAUCAGUCUCUUUCGCUGAAGCUAGGUGGAGGUUCAGAGACGAGACAAUCACCAUUUCACCCGAAUGCUUAGUCCUCCUGAUAGUUCAGACAUCGCCAACGUGAUACAUGCGGCUUAAGGAUUUGCGGGCAAGAUAUCUUGUCAUUGGUUGGGGGUUUAUUACAGGUUAAUUAUUUGGUCACAGUAACUUAAAAACAAGAUUUGCUUUGUUAGUUUUAGGGUCUUUUAGUUCAGCUUUGAUUAUUUGCGAGAGAGAGAAAAAUAGAAACAAAAAGGGAAAAACAAAUUAUUACAUUUAUUAUUAAAUUGAUCCUUUUGUA